AUGAGCAACUCGUUGGAGGUAUGUCGACCCGUCUUGACUUUGAAGUAAAUUGGUACUAUUGAUAAAAAGAAAACCAUCGUUACUAACGUUUAUUCUUCUGUUAGGAACGGUUAAAAGAGCACUCAACUGCGUUCGAUGGGUUACUUUCGCUCAUACCUGCAAAGUAUUUCUACGAUGAUGCAACUCAGGACCAGUGGCAGCAAAAAAAGCAGUCCAAAGAAGAGAAGAGACAGAACAAGAGAGCGAAAUUAGAUCCGGAGUCCAAGAAGGCAGCCGACGAACUUGUCAAUUCUCACGCAAGUGCCAAAGACGUGAUGGAAAACAAGUCGAGGCAAGCACUCGAGCAUAGACCCCGAGGUGAACGGAAACAAGGCACUUUAAAUGGCCAACAGGCUACUCAAAAAGACCAGACAAGAAGGGAGGAACUCCAUAUUAACGACAAGUCGGAAGCAAAUCGCGCUAGCAACGACAACGACGAUGACAACGACGAUGACGAUGACGAUGACGACUUGAUGGCGGAGGACGCCGGCCUUAUUUUUGAUGAUGAUGGAAACGAGAUUGAGCAAGAGUCGUUUGAGAAAGAACUGAUACGAAUUACAAACGGAAACGGAAACAAAAAGGGAAACGGAAAGAAAUCCGAAAGCUUAUCGCCCGAGGAACAGGCGGCGAAACAAAAGAAGCUUGCUGAACUAAAGGAAAAGUUAGAAUCAAAGAUCAACAACUUGCGGGAGAAACGGAAAGCCAUCGGCACCAAAGCACUGGGUGCGCCGCAAUCGCGUGAGCAAAUACUAGCAGAACGGAAAAGAAAAGCCGAGUUGACCAAGCAGCAGCAGCAGCAGCAGCAGCAAAAGCGGAAACACGAGGAGUUGGAAGACGAGGAAAACUCGGAUGGCUCUGACAAUUCAGACGCCGACUCCGAUAUGGAGGCAGACGCCAAUGAAGAAGAGGACAAGUCGGUGAUGUUUGGCAACAUAGCAUUCCGAGACGGGUCUCAAGUCACGUCAGACUUGUCUAGGUUACGAAAUUCCGCUGACAAGAAGAAACUCAAGGGACCAGCCAACAAUGAUUUGAAAGCACACCUAGCGAAGUUGGAAAAGAAAAAAUUGAAAUUGUCUUCAAUGACACCAGAGGAACAGGCUGCGCAGAACAAGAAGGACAACUGGCAGCGGGUGAUUUCACAAGCCGAAGGCAUUAAAGUGAAGGAUGACGAAAGGUUACUAAAGAAGGCCAUAAAGAGAAAAGAGAAGAAGAAACUCAAGAGCGAAAUCGAAUGGAGGGACAGAAAACAAGUGGUUAAGGAUACAGUUGCAGCCAGAGCCAAGAGAAGAGAGGAGAAUUUGAAGGCGAGAAAAGAAAGUAAGCACGUAAAGGGCAAGAAGAAGAAACAACAACCCAAAUUGAGGAAAUUCACAGGUGUUGUUAACAAGAAAGCUGGAGGCGGACAGAAAAAGAGAGCAGGAUUUGAGGGCAGUGUCAAGUCCAAGGGCAAGAAGUAA